AUCCCCAAAGCCUGUCUCGUGUAAUUGUGUGAAGGCUCCGCGCGGGUGGGGUCACAGCGGGGCAGCGGCUCUGUGUGACUGACGUGUGUUCUCUGUGCGUAGGUCUGAGGAUGGAGCCCAUGGCCCGGCCGCUGGUGCGGGACUCCUCUCCCCCGCUCAAAGACUCUGGCCCGGGUUUGAAGCCCAACCAGGUGAGCGAGACGUCCCUGUACGGCGUGCCCAUCGUGUCGCUGGUCAUAGACGGAAAGGAGCGCCUGUGCCUGGCGCAGAUCUCCAACACUCUGCUCAAGAACUACAGCUACAACGAAAUCCACAACCGACGCGUGGCCCUGGGCAUCACGUGCGUGCAGUGCACACCAGUGCAGCUGGAGCUUCUGCGGCGCGCGGGGGCCAUGCCCAUCUCUUCGCGCCGCUGUGGCAUGAUCACGAAGCGCGAGGCCGAGCGCCUGUGCAAGUCCUUCCUGGGGGAGCACAGCCCCCCGAAGCUCCCAGAGAACUUCGCCUUUGACGUGUCCCACGACUGCGCGUGGGGCUGCAGGGGCAGCUUCAUCCCCGCGCGCUACAACAGCUCGCGGGCCAAGUGCAUCAAGUGCAGCAUGUGCAGCAUGUACUUCUCCCCCAACAAGUUCAUUUUCCACUCGCACCGCACUCCCGAGGCGCGCUACCUGCAGCCGGACGCGGCCAACUUCAACUCAUGGCGCCGCCACCUGCGUCUCACGGACAAGAAGCCCGCUGACGACAUCAGCCACGCGUGGGAGGACGUCAAAGCCAUGUUUAACGGAGGUAGCCGUAAGAGGACUCUACCCCCCUCCCCGAUGAAGACCCACGUCUCCUCUAGUGUGGAACCCCGAGCCGAAGUGCCCCACAAAAGCAUGCGCUGCGAGGACGAGCCGGGGCCAGGGGCAGGCCUCGGGGGCGCGCGCAGCUACCCCGUGAUCCCCGUGCCUAGUAAAAGCUUCAGCAUGCAGCUCCAGAAGCUGCCCCCGCCGCUCUUCCCCCCGCCCUACCCCUUCCCCAGCUACGGCCUCUGUCCCAAGAAGAGCGACGAGCCCAAGGCCGUGUCCGGGCUCCUGUGGCCCACGGCCAAGGAGCUGUACCCGGCCUUCCCGGUGUUCUGGCCCGGGGCCGGGGGGCUGCCCAUGCCUCCAUACCUCGCCUCUCCGCAUAAACCCCCCGUGGAGCUGAGCGCGCGUCAGGAGCUGGACGACCCCAGAGACAGGAGCCCGCCCCUGAACCUGGGCCCCGCGCACGAGGAGCGCUGCUCCAGCUCGCAUUCCUCGUGCACGCGCACUGACGAUGACCGCUCCGGAGACGAGAGCGCGCACAGAAAGAUGAGCUACGUGUCCGCGUUCAGGCCGGUGGUGCGGGACGCGGAAAGCAUCGCCAAACUGUACGGCGCGCGCUCCGGGCACGUGUCCCCGGACUUCAUCAGUGAGGGCUCGAGCCUCAGGUCCGCGUCCCCGGAGCGGGACACAGAGGACACGGAGGACCCGGAUGUGGACGUGGACGAGCCUCAGAGCGCGUCUCCGGACAGACUCUCACCUGGAGUGGAGGCCCUGCCAGAGCGCGUGCACAGCCCCGCAGCGCCGUGCGCGGAAGAGUCUGCGCACUCCGCGUGCUCAGAGGAGGACAGACUCACGCGCUCCGUCUCCACGCCGCACGAGGUGUACGCUGCUGAAAAGGACGGCCACGCGCUCCCCCACGAGCCCCAGUCAUUUGGAGGGAAACAAUUGAGAUCCAACGGACUGCUCCACGUGCCUGACGCACAGAACCAGCGCAGCCCGGUGCAGUACGAAGAGCCCAAGACCAGAGCAGAUGGAGCUUUACGCAUAGACAUCAGUGUGCACGAGCGAGACCUGGAAAACAUGGCCAAAGAGGAGCUCCAGAAGCAGCUGGUGGAACAAGUGGAGCUGAGGAGGAAGCUGGAGAGAGAGUUUCAGCAUUUAAAAGAUAAUUUCCAGGACCAGAUGAAGAGGGAGCUGUCGUACAGAGAGGAGAUGGUCCAACAGCUGCAGAUCGUCCGAGAAGCUCACGACGCUCUGCACCAUUUCUCCUGUAAGAUGCUCAGUCCCCGACAGUGCACCGGAGCCUGCACCUUCAAGCCCCCUCUGCUGCCCCCCUGA